AUGCCACUCUCAAUUUUUAAGAAACUGGGAAUUGACGAAGCACAACCCACUUCUGUUACUCUUCAGCUUGCUGACAGAACAAUUAAGUACCCAGAAGGAAAGAUUGAAGAUGUUCUGGUAAAGAUUGACAACUUCAUAUUCCCAGCAGACUUUAUUAUCUUGGACUAUGAAGCGGAUAGGGAGGUAUCAAUUAUUCUUGGACGCCCCUUCCUAGCUACUGGAAAAAUAUUAAUUGACGUGCAUAAAGGCAAAUUGACUAUGCGCGUAGAUAAUCAAGAGGUGAAGUUUAAUGUGCUCAACGCAUUAAAGUUCCCAGAUAAUGAAGAUUGUCAACUAAACAGUAUUGAGUUGCCUGAAGAAGAGACCUAUGUAUGUGAGGUCCUUGCGUUGGAGAACCUGAAAGAAUUAGAGCCGCCAAGUCUGAGUGAACGGUAG